UAUCAUAAGAAGUCCCGUCACACAGCCAAUCAGAUACUUAACUUGAAAUCCGCCCAGUUGUCGUUUUAGCCAAUCAGAAACUCCAAUGGAACCCGCCUACUCCGCUUGAAAUCCACCCAGUGUUUGUUUUAGCCAAUCAGAACAACGCUCUGAAACCACCCACUGUAAUACACUUCCAGUACUUGAAAUCCGCCCACUCGGGUCAGUGUUCUGCAGAGACACCCUUCUCCGUUUUUUUCAUUGUUCAGAGCUUCCCUAAACAACACUGUUGCAGAGACUGUAUAGAUCAUGAGUUCUGCAGCUCCACACAACUUUUCCUGGAUUGAACCAAAAAAGUUAGCUGGAAUGGCAUUGCCUCGGCUGCCUGCCCACUAUCAGUUUUUAUUAGACAAUGGAAUUCGGCAUUUGGUUACACUUUGUGAACGUAAGCCUCCGUACCAUGACACAUGUCCUGAUUUGACAUUACACCACAUAAAAAUUGAUGACUUCUGCCCUCCAACAUUAGAACAGACUAAAAGAUUCCUUAAUGUGGUUGAAGAAUCCAAUGCCAAAGGAGAGGGGGUUGCUGUCCACUGUCUUCAUGGCCAUGGGAGAACGGGAACAAUGCUGGCAUGUUAUCUGGUGAAGAAAAAUAAAAUUACAGGCAUUGAUGCAAUCAAUGAAAUAAGAAGACUUCGACCUGGCUCCAUUGAAACUCAUGAACAAGAAAAAGCUAUUGUGCAGUUUUAUCAGCAUAUAAAAUAGACUUCUCAUGAAGCAUGUUUUUACAGCAAGUAAAACUUCUGGUUAUAAAAUAUUACUUAAAUCUUUUGAUCUAAAAAUGUACAUUCAAGCUUUUGAAAAGCAGUUUUUAAAAAAUAUAUAUUUUUUUCCAUUUUAAAUAUUAAAGGCAACAGUUGUAAUUACUCUUUAUACAAAUAUGACAGUUGAUUUUUGGUUGUGUAUUAAUCAGAUGGCAAUGAGAGCUAAGUAUUAUAUUUAGAAGGAUGUGAUCAAGUUUAUUUAGACUUUGACAACGUUGGUGGCUUUUAUAAAUCUAGAGAUCAGUUUUGUCUGUGUUUCUUAAUUUUAAACAUUAACUAUUUGUUUGUGUCAUAGCAUAAAGGACUAAUGCAUUCAAUUGUUUUAUGAGUAUUACUUUUAUGCCAAGAAGCUUUAUCUUCAAAGUGGCAUUUUGUUUAGACCUAAUGUAGACUUGUCCCAAAGCAGCUAAACCUAAGCACAAUUUUAGUUUAUUGGGAAUUAACAUUGAUGUUUUAUGAUGCCUUUCUCUGAGAAAAACAUUUCUGUUGUAUUUAUUUACAGCUAUCAGUCAAGCAAUUAAAUGCUGUCCUUCAUAA